AUGGCGUCACAACUUCUCCCCUUGGAGCUGAUUGACAAGUGCGUCGGCUCCCGGAUCUGGGUGAUCAUGAAGAAUGACAAGGAGUUCUCCGGCACCCUCCUCGGAUUCGAUGACUACGUCAACAUGGUUCUGGAGGAUGUGACUGAAUUCGAUUACUCUGGAACUCAAGAGAAGCUUCCGAAGAUAUUGCUUAACGGCAACAAUGUCUGCAUGUUGAUCCCCGGUGGUGAAGGGCCUGUUGGUAGCUCUUAA